UCCGUAUCCGUUGCUCGACCAAACCCUAAUAACUAGUAACUAACCUCCACAGCGGCGGCGGCGGCGGCCCGCAGGGGAAGAUGGGGCUGGUGGAUCUGGAGGGGGAUUGAGCUGUACAGCAACGAACCCGCCCGGCUUGCUUCAAGAGUAGAGGCCGGAUAUGGAGAAGACCGGCGAUGCCAAGAGGCUGCGCGAGGGCAACCACGACCGUGCCAUCAAGAUGGACAUGGACGACGACGACGAGGAGGUGGACAUGGAGCAAUACAAGCCGUUUGGCAUGUACUGCAAGAAAUGGAUCUACGUAUAUGGCGAUUGGGCCAAGUUCGACGACCCGACGGAUUUGCCCCCCAUGCGCCACACCGAUGGACCGGUGCUGCCCCCUCGCGCUGAGCCUGUGGACACCAUGGAGAUCAUCUUUGUCAAGGUGGCUCAAAUCACUGGGGGCCUCCAGUGGCCGCUGGACGUCUAUGGAGACGUCGCCGUGCGCGACUCCCUGGACCACAAGCGCAACAACUUCUUCCGCAGACGCAGAGAGGACUGCCAGACACUCACCUCGCCACAGGCAUCCUUUUCUUCAGUCUCGUUAUAUAUAAUAUAUACAUACUGUGUUUCAUGCUGCUUCAUGGCCAUUGAUGAUAACUGUGCUAGCCGUACGUGUAGUAUAUGUUUAGAGUUGAUAGAUAGAUAG